AAUCUACCCAUAAAAUAAUUUUUCUUUUCUUUCAAUCCUCAAUAGUGACCUCAUCCUUUCAAGGACGGGAGUCAUUGGGGUUUUGGCGGCUUCAUAAUGACGGAGGUUUUACCGAUUUCUUUGGUGAAUUUCAAUGCGGAUAGUGGCUAUUUAGAAGGUCUAGCACGUGGAAUUAAGGGUGGACUUCUAAAGCAAGCUGAUUACCACGUGCUAGUACAGUGUGAAACAUUAGAUGACCUAAAGCUCCACCUGCAUGACACCGACUAUGGGGAAUUUCUUGCCAAUGAACCAGGACCUUUGACUGUGGGGAUCAUUGAAGAAAGAAUUCGCGAAAAGUUUGUAUCUGAGUUCCGACACAUACGCAACCAAGCUGUAUACCCAUUAUCUUUAUUCUUGGAUUACAUCACAUACAGCUAUAUGAUUGAUAAUAUCGUGCUUCUGAUAACAGGGACUCUUCAUGGAAGACCGAUAUCCGAACUUAUGACUAAAUGCCACCCUCUUGGAACAUUUCUGGAAAUGGAAACCCUGAAUAUCGCAACUAACCCUGCUGAAUUAUACAAUGCUGUACUCGUGGACACGCCUCUAGCCCCAUUCUUUAUUGAUUGUAUUUCGGAGCAAGACUUAGAUGAACUUAAUAUAGAGAUAAUACGUAACACUUUGUACAGGGCAUAUAUUGAAGAUUUUUAUACCUUCUGUAAGUCACUGGGUGGAAUUACUGCUGAGGUGAUGUGUGAGUUGUUAGCAUUUGAAGCUGAUAGAAGGGCGUUUAUCAUAACAAUCAAUUCGUUCGGGACAGAACUCUCAAACGAGGAUAGGUCCAAACUUUAUCCUCGCUGUGGAAAACUUAACCCUGAGGGGCUUGUUCAACUUGCUAAGGCUAACGAUUACGAACAAGUAAAAUCCGUUGCAAGGUACUAUUCGAACUAUUCUUCCUUGUUUGAAGAAACUGGUGAGGGCUUUGGAGAUAAGACAUUAGAAGAUAAAUUCUUCGAAUAUGAAGUCCAAUUAAAUGUAGACGCCUUCUUACAGCAGUUCCAUUAUGGUAUAUUCUACGCCCUUCUUAAAUUAAAGGAACAAGAAAUGAGAAACAUUGUUUGGAUUGCGGAAUGCGUAUCCCAACGUCAUCGUACUAAAAUUGACUCUUAUAUCAAUAUUUUAUGACUUCAAUAUGAUGUUUUGUUGGGAAACUAUUCCACGCUUAAAAUGCGUUCUAAGCAUAAUGUUUUUGACUGUUAUAUCUUACUUUGGAUUUAUUUAUACUUUAAACUCGUUACAAAUUUACAUAAAUUAUAUUUUCUGUAUGAUUAAUUUGAAGUGAUUAUUAAAACAUUUUAGUCGUCUGAAUCAAUAAUAUCAAUUUUGAGAUUUCCUUUCGUAACUAUCAUUUUACUUAGAUACUUUCAUUGUUUCUCUUAACACCUGGUUCUUUGUUAAUGUUGUGUUGGAAUAUCAAUCGACUAUAUUGCAGUUCUCUGAAUUUUGUUUAACUAGGUUUGUGCUUUAAAAGUCACACUAGUUGUUAGUGACGGGAAUUAAUUAUAUUAACUUCUAGUACAGUAGACACACCUAGUUUUUAAACUAGGAUUUGUUCACAUGCAUUUCCAUUUAUUACUGAGUUUCAGUUUUUAUAUGAAGAAAGUCACUGUUUCUAUUUGUCAACACCUGAGAUGUAAAUCGACGGAGGCAGGUGAAUAUCAUCAUGAUUAAUGUCUGUUUCUUAAUCGGCAAUCAAAAUAUUUCAUUGUUGCUUAGUAAUAAAGUUGUUUUUUAUCAAUAA